UAUGAGGUUGGAUUACACACUCAAACCUUCACCCGCAUUUUCUUUCUAUAGUAACAACCGGACUGUACGCUGGAAUUUUACUUGCUGCAGUUGUACUUUGGUGCAAUGAAGGUGGCACAACUACACAGUUUCAAAUAUUUUAAAAGAUACAGCCAACACAAGCCACGCUAAUGGAAUUAGUUGCGAAGUAGACGAAGAGAAGAUCCAAGAAAGAGGACAAUGGAGCAACAAGCUGGAAUUUAUCUUAUCUGUGGCUGGUUCCAUCAUUGGCUUAGGCAACAUGUGGCGAUUCCCGUACUUGUGCUACAAGAAUGGAGGAGGUGCCUUUCUCAUCCCUUAUCUGAUUUUCCUGUUCACUUGUGGGAUCCCUGUGUUCAUCUUAGAGACUGCUUUAGGCCAAUAUACUAGUGAAGGUGGUAUUACUGCCUGGAGAAAGAUCAGCCCUCUUUUUGAGGGUCUGGGCUAUGGGACGCAGGUGAUUUUAACCUUACUAAACUUCUACUACAUCAUUGUUCUGGCUUGGGCCAUCUUUUACUUCUACCACUCAUUUUCCUGGGAGUUGCCAUGGUCUUCAUGUCAAAAUGAAUGGAAUCAAGACACUUGUGUGGAGUUCCAUAAGAGGAAUGAUUCUGUCAACUUCACAAUGCCUUCUAAUGCUACGUCUCCUGUCAUUGAAUUUUGGGAGAGAAGGGUGUUGAGACUCUCCUCGGGUAUCGACCACAUGGGCUCCCUAAAUUGGGAUCUGGCCUUGUGUCUGCUUGUGGCCUGGAUCAGCUGCUACUUCUGCAUCUGGAAGGGAGUGAAAUCUACUGGAAAGGUUGUGUAUUUUACCGCUACCUUCCCCUACAUCAUGCUCUUGGUGCUUCUCAUUCGGGGUCUCACCUUGCCAGGGGCCAGCAUAGGAAUCCAGUUUUAUCUGUACCCUGACCUUGGACGUUUAGCUGAUCCACAGGUCUGGAUGGAUGCAGGAACACAGAUUUUCUUCUCAUAUGCCCUCUGCUUAGGGUGUCUUACAGCUCUAGGGAGCUACAACAAGUACAACAACAACUGCUACAGGGAUUGCUUGGCUCUGUGCUUUUUAAAUAGCGGUACAAGCUUUGUGGCUGGCUUUGCCGUCUUCUCCAUUCUUGGUUUUAUGUCAUAUGAGCAGAAUGUGUCAGUUUCAGAAGUGGCAGAAUCCGGACCUGGUCUUGCCUUCAUUGCAUACCCAAGUGCUGUAACAUUGAUGCCGUUCUCUCCUCUGUGGGCCUGCUGUUUCUUUGUCAUGAUUAUUUUUCUUGGAUUGGACAGCCAGUUUGUGUGUGUAGAGAGCCUGGUUACCGCCAUAGUUGACAUGCAUCCCACGGUGUUUCGCCGUAAGAACCGCAGGGAGUUGUUCUUGCUCGUGGUGUGCAUCAUCUCCUUCUUUAUGGGACUUAUUAUGCUGAUGGAAGGUGGGAUGUACGUCUUCCAGCUUUUUGACUACUACGCAGCCUCUGGCAUGUGUCUGCUCUUCAUGGCCAUAUUUGAGACGGUUUGCAUUGCCUGGAUUUAUGGUGCAGAUCGCUUCUAUGAUAAUAUGGAGGACAUGAUUGGCUACCGCCCAGGCCCUCUGAUUAAGUAUUGCUGGAUGUUUUUCACCCCAGUCACCUGCAUUGGAACUUUUGCGUUUUCCCUCAUUAAAUAUACACCUCUUAAAUACAACAAUGAAUAUGAAUAUCCUUGGUGGGGUUAUGUAUUAGGCUGGUUCCUGGCUUUGCCCUCAAUGCUCUGUAUCCCUGCAUGGAUGAUCUACAAAAUAGUCAGCACAAAAGGAACUCUAAAAGAACGUAUACAAAUCCUGAUCAGGCCAUCUUCUGAUUUACCCAGAACCAAAAAGGAACAAGAGAGUUUGCUCGGUGUCUUCGCUUUGACAGAAUCAGCUUCUCCUAAUAAAGAUGGCUCCCAUCCAGGGCAACAGAUGGACACAAAGUUGUAGAACUUUACGUACCAGCCAUAAUUUGGAUAGUUAUGUUUCA